AUGAGUGUCCGCGAACUAUUCGGUGGUGCCAUUACUGCAAUUACUCCCGGAAAUCUUGUCGAUGCCUCGGAUAUUCGCCAAGUUCCAGACACCCAAGAGGUGUUCCUUUACCCCGACUCCAGCAUCAGCAUCAUCGUAGAAAUUCUUCAGAGGGUUGAUCCCCCAGAUUUCCGCGAUGCCGCCAAAUUUCAUUUUGACUCUCUGGCCCACGAUAAUAAUGCCCUUCAGAGCAAUGUUGAGUCAGUGGAUGUCAUUCCAAACGAUAGAGGAGAUAGAACACCUUCUGCUAUUGUUCUCUCUGGACAUCAGGUAGUCCGCAAAUUCAAUCAAGCGACGCCAGACCAGGUUCUUGUCCUGAUGGCCGUCUAUCGUAUAGAGGAUAAGGGAAUUGACUUGGUUGUCACAUUCAAUGUACCUCUUCAAUCCAAUGAUGGGGGCGGAGUGGGAGAAGCUGGUCGUGAUAUAGUACGAACUCAGUUCGACACGUUUGUCCGGUCUUUGACUAUCGUUGACUUCGGGCUCUUCGCCUAA